AUGACACGUUCACUCAUUGUCACUCUUUCCUUUCUUACUGCCGUUUUUUCUUUCAAGUUCACGGAUAUUCCAGAAGAGUACAGAGAGCUAAUGCCUAAGGAGGCAAAAGAAUUUAUGAGUGGUCUCAGCGAUGAUGAUAAAGCGAUCUUAAAGGAAGUCUUCACGAGCUCUAUAAACCUCGAAAAUCAGGAUGCGGUUGUGGCCGAAGUCACGAAAAAGUCAGCUGAUCUUGGAGCCAAGGUUGUGGCCGAAGUCACGAAAAAGUCAGCUGAUCUUGGAGCCAGGGUAAAGAAGAUAAAGGAGAUGUGCGACAAGAAACUGUUGGCGUCUGCUCUUAAGAUUCGAAGCAAAUAUUUCGCUGAUGCCAAUCCCAGCAAAGCUAUUCUAAAAGAGGCAGCAAUGGGCGUUAUUGAAAAGUAUAAAAAACUUUCCGACGCUGCCAAAGAGGAUUUCAAAUCACAGUUCCCAGUUAUUACAGCAGUCCUUACAAAUGAGGCUACAAUAAAACGUCUGGAGGCCCUCAACUAG